AUGAAUAUCACAGUAAAAGCGCACUUCAACAAACAAACGAAGGAUUCCAAGAAAGAGCUCGUUCAGUUUUAUGUAACAGGUGAAGAUGAGCGCCGUCCUGAACUGAACCAAAUGACGCGAGAGGUUGUAAUCCUGUCUAUUGCUGGUCUGGACGGUAUUGAGCUGACAGCAGAGUUUAAGAAAUCUGCUAAGGACUCCAAGAAAACAAUCCUUGAGUUUGAGGUUAAAGGCGACUCUUCAGCAGCGCAGACAUUUGAGUUUUACAAGUUGGCUGGUACGGAUGUUGAAUUAUCUAUUACCGAAUCACAAAUGGACCUGGACGAAUUCAGAGAGCAGCAAGCAGAGUACCGCGAAGGCGUUAAAGGGAAGAUCAACUCUGACGGAACGGUUGACGUAGAUCCGAACCAGGCUGAAUUGCCACUGGACGAAAAGAAGGCUGCGGAUGAUAUUAUCGCAACCACUCAGGAUGGCGAGGAAGUUACAAUCUCAAACGAUGAUCUGCCAUAC